AUGGCCGAUAUGUACGGAAUGGAUAACUACACUCAUGUGGACCCAGCAAUAUACUACAGCGACACUAACAUACCAGGGCCGGGCGUGGAGCCAGGAUUGUGGGAAGUUUCACUAUGUGUCCAAUGCACAUGUGUGGAUGAGUGCGGUACGACCUGCGCAUGCUUGGAGGCUUCAGGAGGUCAGAACUACAUCAAUCGCCUCGUAUCGGAUGAAAAGCUAUCAGCCAGUUCACUCUUGCUGGAAUGUAACGAUCUUUGUAAGUGUUCGAUAAACUGUGGGAACCGUGUGGUACAACUCGGUCCUAGAAGAUCGCUUUCCACUUUCCUCACCAGUCUACGAGGUUAUGGCCUCAAGACUACUUCACAUGUCCAGCGAGGGAGUUUCAUCUGCGAGUAUGCAGGAGAAGUAAUCAGCCGGGAGGAGGCUAGGCGUCGAGCUCUGCAUGACGGUGUCAACUAUAUAUUUGUUUUAAAAGAACACACUUCCAAUUCUGUCUCUGAAACAAUAAUAGAUCCUACUUGUAUCGGUAAUAUCGGCCGUUACGUGAACCACUCUUGCCAACCCAAUGCUGCCGUUGUCCCUGUUUAUAUAGACUGUCCAGUUCCUAAAUUAGCGAUUUUCGCACUCUCUGAUAUUAAACCUGAUGAAGAAAUAACGUACGAUUAUGCCAGUGGAAGUGCCGAAAUUGGGACGUCUCCAUGUUUUUGUCAAACAAAAAGUUGCCGUAAUUUUCUUCCUUUCAAUAAAGAUCUUUUGUGUUAA